UUCAAAUACGAAAUAAAUAUACAAACGAUUUUCAAGCGGAACCCUUUGCAGGGUACGACGAGUUCGCUGCUGGGCAGAGGGCAUAUGAUGUGGCUAGUGCCGCGUAAGAGUCUCGAGUGCCAGUGUCCCAAAAUAAAGUUGAACAAAUCAUAUCUCAUACUUGGACGUGAUGCGGAAGCCGCACCCGGCUAUCUAGCCAUCGGCCCCAGUUCGGUGGUGCUCGAAUGGAAGGACGAAUGGUCGUUGCGCAUGAAACGCUUCCAGCGGCGAGCGCGUAAAUGCAGUUGAAUCGAACCGGAAACGGAAUAUGUCAGAGCGGAUUUUAAUUUCAUACAUUUGGAUAGAUAUCGUUUCUUGUAUAAAUUGUACAGUUUACUCAAAUUUUUGACAUUCUUCGGUAUUAUGCUAUAGAUACAAGAGUACGUAGAAAAAGAAAAACAACCAACACACACAGACAUA